AUGUCACGUGGUGCUUCCGCAGUAAGAAUUUUAUUACUUGGGGAACCUCGUGUUGGCAAGACAACUCUUAUCCUAUCAUUGGUUAGUGAAGAAUUUUCCCCAAAGGUACCUGCACAAGCUGAAGAGAUUACAAUCCCAGAGGAUGUAACACCUGAACAUAUUCCUACACAGAUUGUUGAUUAUUCCUCUCAAACACAAUCUCAUGAACAGUUAUGUUCAGAGAUAAAACGUGCAAAUGUUAUUUGUUUAGUUCAUGCCUUAGAUGAUGAUAAUUCUUUUAAACAGAUAUCAUCUUAUUGGUUGCCUUUAAUUCGUCAUGUCAGUACAGAUGCAGAUACACACAUACCUGUUGUCCUAGUCGGUAAUAAAUUGGAUAUAAAUCAUGAAAGUAAAUUAGAUAAAAUGCUUCCAUUGAUGUCUGAGUAUUCUGAAGUGGAAACAUGCAUAGAGUGUUCAGCAAAGACUAUGCUAAAUCUAAGUGAAACAUUUUGGUUUGCUCAAAAAGCUGUCCUCUAUCCAACUGUACCUUUGUAUAAUGCUGAGAAAAAAGAACUUACACCAGAGUGUAUCCGUGCACUGACAAGAAUAUUUCGAAUAUGCGAUAUAGAUAAUGAUGGUUAUUUAUCAGAUCGUGAAUUGGAAGCAUUUCAAACACGUUGUUUUUCUAUUCCGCUAACUGCUCAAUCAUUACGUGAUGUGAAACAGUUGGUGAAACAAUCCUGUCCCGGUGGUGUUACACUAAAUGGAUUAACACAGAAAGGCUUUCUUUUCCUGCAUUUAAUGUUUGUACAAAGAGGACGCCAUGAAACAACAUGGACAGUACUACGUCGAUUCGGUUAUGGUAAUCAUAUGCGAUUAUCUGAAGAUUUUCUUUAUCCUAAAUUCUGUAUUUCACCUGGCUGCAGUACAGAAAUUUCUUCGGUUGGCAUGCAGUUUUUAAACACACUCUUUAACAAGUAUGACUUGGAUCGUGAUGGAUGCUUGUCAACAGUAGAAUUAAGUGAAUUGCUUGCCACUUGUCCUGAAGAUCAUCUAAGUUAUGUGACUGAUAUGGGAUUAUGUGUGACAACAAAUCCUAUGGGUUGGGCUACACGUCAAGGAUUUAUGUCAUUUUGGAUCCUAACAGCUUAUUUAGAGCCUAAUCGAUUACUUGAAUAUUUUGCUUAUUUGGGUUUCACAUAUUAUGAACUUGGUUCAUUAUGGUCACCUGUUUCGAAUGGAGAAACAAAUACCUUCGAUAGUAUUACAUCAUUGACUGGAAAUAAAAGAAUCAAUCGAGAUAUAUCAUCAGUGAUUCAUAAAACAUCCGGUGUGCCUGGAUCUCAACCGUUUGGUGGUUCUCAUCGUUCUGAUUUAGGCUCAAUCUCAGGUAGCAUGACUGUUGGCAAUGAAAACCUGUUAAAAGCUAUUAUAAUCACUAAUCAUAAACGCAUAGAUGCUAUACGCCGAUCAACACAACGAACAGUUUUCUACUGUCGAGUGUAUGGUGCUCGUAAAGUGGGAAAGACUUGUUUAAUGCAAGGAUUACUUGGUCGUAGUUUAAGUGGUUCCGGUGGUAAUGGUAUCGGUGGCUUAGCUGGUCGUACAUCGAAUUGGGUAGCUGCAUGUGGUAUCCCAGUGUAUGGUCAGUCAAGAACUCUUUUAAUGCAUGAAAUCAGUGCUGAUACAGGUGAACAAAUGUCUGCCAGUGAAGCAUUAUCAGCAGAUGUAGCCUGUUUAGUUUAUGAUGUCUCCGAUUCUGAGUCAUUUCGUUAUGUGGCUAACUUAUUUCUUAAUUUCUAUCGAGGUACUCGAAUUCCUUGUCUUUUUGUUGCUGCUAAAUCAGAUCAAUCACGUGUUAUACAAAAUUAUCAAAUUGAUCCUAGUGAAAUGGCGACAAAAUAUAAUUUACCUCCUCCUGAACCAUUCUCUAGUAUUCAGUUAAUACCAAGAUGUCAAUCUUUAUCAUGUGAACAUUCAACUUCCACUGUUAGUACUAAUACAUCUCUUAAUGGCUGUCAUAAUAAUAAAGCUUAUCCAAUUCGAAGACGUCGUGCUGGUUCAGCUGAACCAAUUUAUACUCCUUCUUCGAUCUCUUCAUUAGGAGUAACAGUAAUCGGUGAUAGCAUCGAAACAUUAUAUAACAACAAUGAAGAAGAAGAUAUUCAUUUACCUACUGAUGAAAUGUCUACUAGACAUCUUUCACGUUCUGAUUUACAUCAUACUGCUACUACUGGUAGUGGCGUUACUAAUCGUUACAUAAAAGGUGGUUCAAAUCUACGUGAACCAGAUUUUCAUCCUGUAUACAUACUGUUGUGCACUAUGGCAAAUUAUCCACAUUAUCGUGGAUUCGAGUUAUCUCAAACAGAUCAUGCAUGGAAAUGGACAUUAGCAGCGACUAUUUUAGCAGGAUUUGGAUUUUUUGCAUUUCAUAUGGCGAAAACACACAUGUAG